CUGACGUCAGCCUCGCCGCCGUCGCCAUCACUAUAUAAGAGGCCGCUGAGGAAGAACAGUCAGCAGUCCAACGCCCACAGACCUCCGACAUGGCCCUCAAGCUUUUCAUCGUGUCCGCCCUCGUGGCCGCCGCCCUCGCCGACCAGAGGCCCUACAGGCCACCCACCCCCCAGCCCACCUACGGCACCCCCAAGCCCACCUACGGCGCCCCCGCCCCGUCCUACAGCCAGCCCCAGCAGACGUCAAGACCCCAGUACCAGUUUGACUGGGCCGUCAACGACGCGCCCUCCGGCAACGACUACGGCCACCAGGAGUCCCGCGACGGCUACGACACCCAGGGCUCCUACUACGUGCAGCUGCCCGACGGCCGCCUCCAGCGCGUCGACUACACCGUCAACGGCGACUCCGGCUUCGUGGCGCAGGUCACCUACGAGGGCGAGGCUCAGUACCCCCAGCAGGGAUACGGCUCCCCAAGACCCUCCUACGGCCCCCCCGCCCCCACCUACGGAACCCCCGCCCCCACCUACGGCCCCCCUACCCCCGCCUACGGGUAAUGUCGCCCUCGCCUGACGAUGCCCGCGUCCUUCCAUCAUUGUAAAUAGGUCACUGCUGCUGCUGCUGCUCUCAACAUGCAAUAAAAGAUAACGACAAAAUAUAAAGCCUCUCCCACCCCACCUCGCCCUGCCGUCGCGAACACAACCCUCACCAACAUAAAGGUCAAUAGCCGUUCACUGA